ACCUAUAACUAUGACAUUUACAUCCUUGGAGAGUCAGAUCUUUUGAUCUUCAAUCACCAUGAGUUUCCAGAUCCAUUGUAUUAUUAUAUGGAACUUGAUGGUUACCCGGUCUUUGAUGAGGUAUUCUCCCAUGGUGCACUGCAAAAUGAUGACCUGUAUGCGGUGCUCUUGGACACUUUACCAUUUCCCAUGGAACUUCAAAACAUCGUUGGAUUAGGAUCACACAAUGUGUCUGUGACUGUUUACAGUGAGAUUAACAAUACAGCAGUGUAUUGUGAGUCACAAAUCAAGUUUGUGGAGCUAAUUACAGGAAUGGUGUUUUAUGUCAGUGAGUAUUUUGUUCAGACCAACCAUCCUUUCAUUGGCUCUCUUGCUGCGGAGUCUGGUUGGCCUGCUCUCAUUGAAUGGAGUGCCUAUAAUGAAGAUACGUUUGAACUAGAAUUCUACUUUGAUUCCUACCGCCAAGCUAGAAGACCAGAUGAAGUGGAUGAAGUGUGGUUGUUUAUUUCGAAGCCAGGAAACUAUACUCUGAGAGCAACUAUGUACCAUGAGAUUAACGAGGCUUCAGAGUAUACCACCAUCAUUGUUGAAAACCCUAUCACUACGCUGGAUAUAUUCCUCAAUGCACCACUUCACUAUCCCCUGGAGGAUACACUUCAGAUGUAUGUUAACUAUACAAGUGAUGGAAUACCCACUGACAUUCACGGUGACAUAGAUUAUGGAGAUGGAACUAUAGAAUCGUGGGAACCCAUUCCAUAUGAGCAAGACUACAGAAAUUUGACUUUUAACCACACAUAUGCCGUCCCAGAUUUAUACACAGUCCAGCUCUUUCUCUACAAUCAUGUGAGCAGUGCUUAUCGCGAAUUGUAUAUUGCUGUGUUGGAAGAUAUUGAAGAUCUCACAAUAGAUAGCUUCUCAGGCGAGGAUGGGACUUGGACUACCACCCUGCCAAUGGAAUUUCCUGUGAUAUUGACUGCUCAACCUCUGAAGGGGACCAUAGAGCUGUGUGAAUGGAAUGUAGGGGGACAUCUCUUUAACUCCACCGACCCCACUAUAGAGUACGAAUUCGAUGCAGAAGGGGUCUAUGAUAUUGAGGUCCAUGCCGUAAAUGCUUUUUUCUAG